AUGCCAGCUUCGGAGCCGGCGGGGCAGAGGCGGCGUGCCGCUGUCCUUGGGUUAUUCCUCACCGCUGCUCUUGUCGUGGCUGUCCAGAGUCUCUGCGAUGCUCCGCCGCGUCUCCCAUCUGCAGAACCGAAAGAGAAAUACCACGGCAUUUCCACCUUUCCCUAUAAUUCAGUGGUGGAAUACGUCUGUCGCCCAGGUUACGUGAGAAGUCCUAAUGCCCGAAACGUCCUUGUUUGUGGAAGGAAUAAUAGGUGGCACGGAUCAAAGGAGAUAUGCACACCAAAGCUGUGCACCUACCCUGGAGAGCCGGCCAACGGCAGACUCGUCCUAGCAGGAACGUUCAGUUUUGGGAGCUCGAGUAAUUUCUUCUCCCCUAUUUCACACAGGUACAGACUGGUUGGAAAUUCUCAAAUUCAGUGUGUGAUUAGCAAUGGGGUUGUUACGUGGGACAGAGAUAUUCCCAUCUGUGAGCCGAUACCGUGUUUACCCCCUCCAGAAAUAGCUAAUGGAGAGCACAGCGGAGCUGACAAAGAGCUCUUUGAAUACGGAGUGUCCGUCACUUACUGGUGCCACACUGUCAAAAGGGGAGAGAGACCUUUCUCGAUGGUGGGAGACGCCUCUAUUUUCUGUACAACCACAGAUAACAUAAACGGCGUCUGGAACAAGCCAGCCCCGGAGUGCAAAGUGGUGAGCUGUGAGCACCCGAGCGUGGAGAACGGGAAGCUGCUGAGCGGGUACCGGGCAGAGUACACCUACAGGGACACCGUCAUGUUCGACUGCAACUUCCGCUACGCCAUGAAGGGCAGCGACACCUCCACCUGCAGAGAGAACGGCCUCUGGGACCCUCCGCUGCCCCUCUGCCAGCUCAGUAGCUGCGACGACCCUCCAGAUGUGCAUAAUGCUGUUAAAGCAAAACUUGCUGGCAAUUUGUUCCCUGUGGAGACCGUCAUUACCUACGAGUGCAGGGAGGGCCACCAGUUCAGCCCAGGAGAAACCACGCGGCACAUUAAGUGUCUGCCAGACUUCACGUGGACUGAAACUCCACCUCCUUGCGAAAGAAUUCGUUGCUCAAAUCCAGACAUCAGGAAUGGAAAGCCCUUACAUGUGUGGGAAGAUAAAGACCAUUAUGUGUACGGAGACAGACUGGAAAUUACGUGUAACGAUGGUUAUGCUUUCAAAGGUCAUAGCAGUACCAUUGUGCUUCAGUGUACGAGUGACGGCAGAUGGGAUCCAGCAGUACCGGAGUGCACUCCAGAACCUCGCUGCCCAAAGCCAGACACUGCUUAUGGAAGAGAGGUUUAUAAAAGCAAAAAUGACUACACAGUUGGGACCCAGCUGAAGCUGGCGUGCGAUUCGGGCUAUGUCCUCAGGGGCCAGGACCUGACAGUGUGUCAGGCUGACGCGAGUUGGGCUCCCCCGUUACCAUUUUGUGACAAAGUCUGUGAUCCCCCUCCAAAAAUCCCCCACGGGCAGCACUCCGGCUCGGGAAUGGAGCAGUUCCCUUACGGCGCAAAGGUGACAUACAGCUGUGCGGAGGGUCUCUCCCUCAUUGGGGACACCUCCAUCUACUGCACCUCCGACGAUGGGGUGAACCUGGCGUGGAGCGGACCUGCCCCGGAGUGCAGGGUGGUUCGCUGCCCCAAGCCCGCAGUCGAGAGGGCGAAGAUGACUCCGCAGAGGUUCACGUUUCCCUACGGGGCGGACGUGCGGUUCUCCUGUGAGGAAGGCUUCGUGCUGCGUGGCGCUGCCGAGAGCCGGUGCCUGGCCGACGGCGCCUGGCACCCCCCGCUGCCCACCUGCCAGCCAGUUCUGUGUCCACAACCACAAGUGGCCAACGGAAGGCUGAAAAGCCCUUUGGGUGGUAAAAUGUGGUACCGAACAAAUGCAACUGUUACUUUUGAAUGCCUUCAUGGGUACCACUUUUCGGAGGAUGGAGACAUGGCUUCAGAAGAUUCUUGGACAGCCACAUGCUUGCCUGAUGGCAGCUGGACAUCGCUGCCCAAGUGUAAGAAGGAAGGUGAUGCUGAUGUAUGUGAAGAGGUUCAUUACAUUAGAGCGGUCUUUGAAUGCGGUGUGCCUAUCGCAGAGGUGAAAACUCUACUGGAAAUACAAAAACUGUUUCUGGAGAUUAAAAAACUAAAGGUGGAACUAGACAACUUGAACAAACCAUCCAGCGACGAGCAGGCCAGCAGCUUCCCCGUUGGAUCCAGGGUGACGUACACGUGCAUCGAAGGCGCCAUCAAAAUCCCUGGGAGGUCGGACACGGUGGUGUGCCUGCCCGGCGCGCGCUGGUCACAGCUGCCCGAGCCCUGCGGCCCGGCUGCUCUGCAGUGGCACCACCUCUCCCGGCCAGGGAUUGAGCUGCCGAUGGGCGCGGGAUCCCCGCCUGCCGGCGCGAGGGUCAGUCGGAGGGUGGCCGGAGCCCGGGAUGCUCACGGAUCUCCCGAGCCCCGGCUGCACGCGCGGAGCUGCGCUGUCCCGCCAAGGCUGCGGUUUGCUGCCCUGUCCAAGGAGGACGAGAGGAUUAAUUUCUUUCCUGUUGGGAUCAACGUGAGCUACGUCUGCCGCCCCGGCUAUGAGAACACCUCGGAAAGUUCCCCCACCAGCACUUGCCUUGAAAACCUGGAGUGGUCAGAAGCCGCUGAGCUGUGCAGGAGGAGGUCCUGCGGGGAGCCGGGAGCGCUGCCCGGGGGCAGGAUGGUCACUCUCACCAAUCUGCAGUUCGGUGCGAGAGUGAACGUGUUCUGCGAAGACGGGGAGCGUCGCAUCUCAUCCGGUGUUCCCUCAGUGGAGGUGAAGUUGCCUGGAGUCCACUUCCAGCUUGUCGGGGUAAGUGAGGUUAUCCAGCGCGUGACUGGAAACAGCAAAUAUGCCAACUCAGAAAUACCGAAUCCUAUCCCCGAUGGGAAGCACGACGCUGACGGUAUGGAGGAGUAUGUGUACGACUCAGUCGUGACGUACACGUGUGACCCUGGGCUCCGGCUCGUGGGAAACGAAACUCUGCGUUGUACAACGGAGAACGGCGGCAUCGGCGUCUGGAGCGGGUCUCCUCCCGAAUGCAGGGCUAUCCUAGUCCUAGCAGCCUGUGGAAUUCUAGCUUGUGUCAUCAUGAGGUGGAAAAACAGUAAAAAAGACUCUUAUAAUGUGCCUUUACAAAAGCAGAAGACGAAGGGAAGGGAUCCACUGAUGCACCCAAAGAUAACGGAUGACAAGAAGCAGCCCGUGCCGUGGCGUUCCUAUUUUUGCUCCUGUCCCGAAGCUGCAGAUGUGCCGAGGGGGGAGGGUGCAGGAGAGGCUGUUCCGGAGCAGAGCGAUGCAGAGCAGCCCAUGGAGCGUGAAAGCAACCACCAUGUCUGCCCCAUCUGCGAGAACUGGCUGCGCGCCCACCUCGGCCAGUGGGAGAAGUGUCCUGUGGCGCCCGGGGAGCAUCUGGGGGGUCCCCGUCGGCGGGACGAGGGCCCGCCAGGUCCCGUCUGCGCUCCCUGCGCCGACCGGCUGCACCUCUCCCUUGUCCACAGCGACACGGCACGCUGCCCCGUGUGUCCCCUGGCCGGGGAGGGGACCCCGGCUCACCUCGUCCCCCGCCAGACCCCUGGCUGCCACGUCUGCCCCGUCUGCGCGGCGCCCGCCCACGCGCACCUCUGCCAGCGCUGGUGUUGGGCACCCGACGGAUUAAUGCCGACGGCUGCAGCACCCUAA